AUGGAUGGUCGCCUCUUGAAUCAACGACGGAUGCACUUCCAAUCGCGCGUAUCCACAACCACCGUCCACGAACUCUUCUUCGCCGACGACUGCGCCCUGAACACCACCUCGGAAGAGGAGAUGCAACGGAGCAUGGACCUGUUCUCCGCCGCCUGCGAGAACUUCGGUCUGGUCAUUAACACGCAGAAGACGGUGGUGAUGCACCAACCGCCACCCCACUCAAUCACAGCCCCCAACGCGCCGCCGCAAAUCAGCGUGAACUGA